CCGCCGCCGCCGCCGCCGCCUCCGCCUCCGCCGCCUCCUCCCGGCGCCGGCGCUCGGCGGCCGCCCCGGAACCCGGCGAGCGCUCGGGGGCGGGAGGGGGGCGCUCAGAGCUGGCGGGAGCCCCGGCCGCCCCCGGGCCCCCGGCCAUGUCGGCCGAGGAGAUGGUGCAGAUCCGCCUGGAGGACCGCUGCUACCCGGUGAGCAAGAGGAAGCUCAUCGAGCAGAGCGACUACUUCCGCGCCCUCUACCGCUCCGGCAUGCGCGAGGCCCGGAGCCCGGAGGCCGGCGGCCCCGAGGUGCAGCAGCUGCGCGGCCUCAGCGCUCCGGGCCUGCGCCUGGUGCUGGACUUUAUCAACGCCGGCGGCGCCCGCGAAGGCUGGCUCCUGGGCCGGCGCGGGGAGCCGGGCGGUAUCGGGGAGGGGGAGGAGGACAUGGACGAGGUGAGCCUGCUGUCCGAGCUGGUGGAGGCGGCCUCGUUCCUGCAGGUCACGUCCCUGCUGCAGCUGCUGCUGUCCCAGGUGCGGCUCACCAACUGCCUGGAGCUGUACCGCCUGGCGCAGGUGUACGGGCUGCCCGACCUGCAGGAGGCCUGCCUGCGCUUCAUGGCCGUCCACUUCCACGAGGUGCUGUGCAAGCCCCAGUUCCACCUCCUGGGCUCUUCUCCUCAAGCCCCCGGGGAUGUCAGCCUGAAGCAGAGGCUGAGAGAGGCCCGGAUGACCGGGACUCCUGUCCUCGUGGCACUGGGGGAUUUCCUGGGGGGACCCCUGGCCCCUCACCCCUACCAAGGGGAGCCCCCGUCCAUGCUCAGGUACGAGGAGAUGACUGAGCGCUGGUUCCCGCUGGCCAACAACCUUCCUCCCGACCUGGUGAAUGUCAGGGGGUACGGGUCCGCCAUCCUGGACAACUACCUCUUCAUCGUGGGCGGCUACAGGAUCACCAGCCAGGAGAUCUCCGCGGCGCAUUCCUAUAACCCCAGCACCAACGAGUGGCUCCAGGUGGCCUCCAUGAACCAGAAGAGGUCUAACUUCAAACUCGUGGCUGUUCAUUCAAAACUCUAUGCCAUUGGUGGGCAGGCCGUUUCUAACGUUGAAUGUUACAGCCCCGAGCAGGACGCCUGGAAUUUUGUGGCACCUUUACCAAACCCUCUGGCUGAGUUUUCUGCGUGUGAGUGCAAGGGGAGAAUUUAUGUCAUUGGAGGAUAUACUACGAGAGACCGGAACCUGAACAUCUUGCAGUACUGCCCCUCCGCUGACACCUGGACGCUCUUUGAAACGUGCGACGUCCACAUCCGCAAGCAGCAGAUGGUGUCCGUGGAGGAGACCAUCUACAUCGUGGGGGGCUGUCUCCACGAGCUGGGGCCCACCCGGAGGGGCAGCCAGAGCGAGGAUAUGCUCACCGUGCAGUCCUACAACACUGUCACCCGCCAGUGGCUCUACCUCAAGGAGAACACGUCCAAGUCGGGCCUCAACUUGACGUGCGCGCUUCACAAUGACGGCAUCUACAUCAUGAGCAGAGACGUGACCCUGUCCACCAGCUUGGAACACCGAGUCUUCCUCAAGUACAACAUCUUUUCGGAUAGCUGGGAAGCCUUUAGGCGUUUCCCAGCCUUCGGACACAACUUGCUGGUCUCCUCACUUUAUCUGCCCAAUAAAGCAGAGACAUGACUGAAUUGACUUCGUAUUUAAAAGAAACCUGGUUCAAGACCAAAAAACAAAAAAACAAUGUCCAAUUUCGAGAGAGACUGAUUUUUAAAGGGAAAAUGUGGGUUUUAGGUCGUUUAUACAAAAGCUGUAAAUACGCUUACUUGAACUAAUUACUUGAAAACUUGUGGAAAAAAGAGACCAACUUUAUUAUUUUUUUAAUUAUUGAUUUUUAAAUUAUGGGAGCAAAUCCAUGAUAAUGUUUUCAUACAGAUAUGAUACCCUUGGGCCAAUGACUGAAACUGAUCCUCAAAAAGAAAAUUCAUUGUGCCUGCUUUGGUCAAAGGGCCAAAGUCAAUCAUUGUCAUGAAUGGUAAAGAUGAUUUUAAAAUCAGUUUUAUUUAGGUCACUUGAAAUAUCACUGAUACCUUAAGUGAGAGAUUAUUUUUUUGGUUAUUAAUUUACUUGACAAACAUAUUAACACUGUCUUUCUCCCCCGGUCACACCCGCAUGUAUUACAGUGUGUUUAAAAUAGGUUCUAUGUUCGUAUAUUUUAUUUGCACACGACUUUCCAGGAAACUUACACCAGUGGAACCCAGCACCCAGUCCUCGCCAAAACCUGCAUAAAAACAUUCUCAGCUAUUUUUCCAGUCUUUUUUUACAGUUAUGAAUGCUGAGUAAAUAGGAGGGUAUAACCUCUUAUUUCAUUUAUGUAGCAGAUUGCAGAUUUAUGUGGUCAGAUAGGUAGUAUUGCUAGGCAUUCUGUAUUUCUUAAAAGAGAGGAUAUAUUGUUUCAUUCUGUUCUUUUAAAAGGACAGAUCUCUAUGUUUUUAAAGUCGAGUCUUAAAUUUAAGUGGGAAGGGAAGGAAGCACCGAAUAAGGGGAAAAAAUGCCUUUGAGAGUUACUUUUAUUGACUGUAUUUGACUUAGUUCUUUUUUUAAAGUUUGAAACAGUAACUUUAUAUUUUGGUCAGGCACCUUUCUAAUUUAAUCUCGGCUUUUUAAUUCAUGCUUUGCUUUUGUGGGGUAAGGUGAGGGUGGCUUUGAAACGUUUGUGCUGGAGAGAGGGGAAGAAGCCCCUACAGAGAUGGAAUGGCAUCUGGUAGGAUUUCUGGAAUCCGGUAAGGUGCUCUGCUUGCCUUGGUUGUUAAAUCAAGUGGAACCCAGCUCAAGCAGUUGUUUGCAGGAAGUCAGUUAACAAAUGAAUACAAUCUUCUGCCAGUCACAGAUCAGCAUUUCUUUAAAAAUAUACAGGCAUAUCUCGGAGAUAGUUCAGUUCCAGACCACUGCAAUAAAGCAAAUAAAGCAAGUUGCAAGAAUUUUUGGGUUUCCCAGCAUGUAUAACGGUUAUAUUUACACUAUACUGUAGUCUGUUAAGUGUGCAAUAGUACUAUAUCUAGAAAAACAAUGUACAUACCUUACUUUAAAAAUGCUCUAUUGCU